AUGGAACCGCAGGCCGCCGACAACAGCGAGAUGCCCACAGCAGCAACUUUGGAUCAGGUCAGCGAUGUACGGCUUGAGUUCGGCGAAUCCUCAGAGGAUUCCAUGCCGGCCAACUCCAUUCUGCUGCGCUUGGCUUCGCCUGUGUUCAACCGCAUGCUUCAGAGUGGCAUGAAGGAGGCACAGCAGAGCGUCAUCAAGGUGGAUUUGGCCAGCAAGGAGGAGUUCCAGAUCUUCUAUGGCCUGCUGGCACCGACGGCAUGGAGCAGCGGUGCAGUGACAAAGGAGAAUGUUGAUACGCUUCUUGCAAUCAGUGACUACUACCAGGUUGGCACCAUUAAGCAAGCCUGCGAAGCGCAUCUUCUUCGUCUUCCGGCCACCGGCGCGCGCCUCCUGCAAGCACGAAAGCACGGCUUGAAAUCACAAUACGAAAGAUGCAUUCGUGCCUUGGCCAAGAACGGUGCCAAGGAGGACUUGGAGCUGCUCCGCAAAUCCGAACCUGACAUCCUCCUCGAGGUGGCCGUGAAGCAGCAAGAGCUUCGUAGACAGAUGGUGGCAUUGAAAGAUGAGGUUAUCAGAUGCAAGGGCUUUUUUCCCGAUCCCGGCGUCCACCCAUACGCAAGUCAUACGUUUACCGCAGGGCGUAAACUGAGCGAGGCAGAAGCGAGCAAAAUCUCUCGAAUCUUGGAAGGCCAGGGUUCAUUGAAACAGACCCUCGAAAAGAUGCUGAAGGAGUUGCAGUGA